AUGGCGGCCUCGGAGGCGGCGGCGGCGGCGGGGCCCGCGGCUCUGGCGGCGGGCGCUCCUCCCGUCCCGGAGGCCGCGCGGGGAGCCGCCGCCGCCGCCUCGGGCCCGUGGGGGCCCCUGGGGUCCCGGCUGAGGGGCAGCCGGCCGCGGCCCGCAGCGGCGCGGCAGCAGCCCGCGGCCCCGGCGCCGCCCGCGCGCGAGCUGAUCCAGCCGUCGGUGAGCGAGUUGUCGCGGGCGGUGCGGACCAACAUCCUGUGCACCGUGCGCGGCUGCGGCAAGAUCCUGCCCAACAGCCCGGCGCUCAACAUGCACCUGGUCAAGAGCCACCGCCUCCAGGAUGGCAUAGUAAAUCCAACAAUAAGAAAAGAUUUGAAAACCAUACCAAAAUUCUACUGUUGUCCAAUUGAAGGAUGCCCUAGAGGUCCUGACAGACCAUUUUCUCAGUUUUCUCUCGUAAAACAGCACUUUAUGAAAAUGCAUGCCGAGAAGAAGCAUAAAUGCAGCAAGUGCAGCAAUUCCUAUGGUACCGAGUGGGACUUGAAAAGGCACGCGGAGGACUGUGGCAAGACCUUCCAGUGCACAUGCGGCUGUCCCUAUGCCAGCAGAACGGCAUUACAGUCUCACAUCUACCGAACUGGUCACGAGAUCCCUGCAGAACACAGGGAUCCACCUAGUAAAAAAAGGAAAAUGGAAAACUAUCUACAAAACCAGAAGUUAUCUAAUAAGACCAUGGAACCAUUGAGCACUCAACCCCCUCCUCGACCAGAUCCUCAAGAACUAGAAACUUCAGAAAUAAAAUUAGUAAAUUCUUUUGAAGAUUCUUGCAGCUCUAAUGCCAGAAAACAGAGUGUCACAACACCUCCGAGAUAUCCUCAGAAGUUGCUUCUACCAAAGCCCAAAGUGGCUUUGGUUAAACUUCCGGUCAUGCAGUUCUCUCCUGUGCCUGUCUUCGUGCCUACGGCCGACUCUUCGGCCCAGCCUGUGGUGUUAGGUAUGGAUCAGGGCUCCACUGCAGGUGCUGUGCACUUAGUGCCCUUGUCAGUAGGAACCCUGAUCCUUGGCCUAGAGUCAGAGGCUUGUUCUCUUAAGGAGAGCCUACCUCUUUCAAAAAUUAUAAAUCCUGUUGUUGAGCCAGUUAGUACCGGUGUUCAAGUGAACUUGGGUAAAAAUCUGUCUAAUCCUUUACAAGAACUAGGGAACACGUGUCAGAAGAACAGCAUUUCUUCAAUCAAUGUACAGACGGAUCUGUCCUAUGCCUCACAAAACUUCCUACCUUCUGCACAGUGGGUUGGCCCUGAUUCCUCUGUAUCGUCUUGUUCUCAGACUGAUCUGUCAUUUGAUUCUCAAGUGUCCCUUCCCAUUAGUGUUCACACCCAGACGCUUCUGCCCAGCUCUAAGGUAACUUCAUCUAUUGCCGCUCAGACUGAUGCAUUUAUGGACACUUGUUAUCAGCCAGGUGGGAUCUCCAGAGAAACCCAAACCAGUGGGAUGCAAAGUCCCACACGUGGCCAGGUACAGAUGGACCAAGCUGGAAUGUGCAGAGACAUUUUUGAGAGUGUCCAUUCAUCAUACAGUGUCCCUGCAGACACUAUUAUAAGCAGCAGCUUAGUAGCAGAGACAGUAACUCGUGGUUUGUUACCUCAGAAUGACCCUAAGACUUUAAAUCAAGAUAUUGAGAAAUCUGCACCCAUUUUGAGCUUCAGUGCACAGAAUAGUAUGCUUCCUUCACAGAACAUGACAGAUAAUCAGACCCAAACCAUAGACUUAUUAAGUGAUUUAGAAAACAUCUUGUCAAGUAAUCUGCCCGAUCAGACAUUGGAUAACCGUAGUCUUUUGUCUGACACAAACCCUGGGCCUGACACUCAGCUGCCAUCUGGCUCAACCCAGAAUCCUGGAAUAGAUUUUGAUAUUGAAGAGUUCUUCUCAGCUUCAAAUAUCCAGACUCAAACUGAAGAGAGUGAACUUAGCACCAUGAACACUGAGCCAGUCUUGGAAUCACUGGACAUAGAGACCCAAACUGACUUCUUACUUGCAGACACAUCUGUCCAGCCCUACGGGUAUAGGGGAAGUUCUCACUUCCUAGGCCUUGAGAUGUUUGACACGCAAACGCAGACAGACUUAAACUUCUUUUUGGACAGUAGCCCUCAUCUGCCCCUUGGCAGCAUCCUGAAACACUCCAGCUUUUCCAUGAGCACUGAUUCAUCAGACACAGAGACCCAAACUGAAGGAAUCUCCGCUGCUAAAAACCUAUCUGCCCUAGAGAGCAAAGUUCAGUUGAACAGUACAGAAACACAGACCAUGAGUUCAGGUUUUGAAACCUUGGGGAGCUUGUUCUUUACCAGCAAUGAAACUCAGACAGCAAUGGAUGACUUUCUUCUAGCUGAUUUGGCCUGGAACACGAUGGAAUCUCAGUUCAGCUCUGUGGAAACUCAGACAUGUGCCGAGCUGCACGCAGUCUCCAACUUCUAAAGGUGAAGUUCAGGAAAGGCCAGGAUUCACAACAAAUCUGGGACAGAAAGAAUUGUUCACCAUUUUGAGUCUUUAAUAAGGUUUGUGGGCAAGUCAACUGCACUAAAAUGACCGAAAGAACCUCAGGUAUUAAUCCCCUCAAAGGGGCAAAAGCAGCAAUGACCAUUGACAGAGCCGGGGUGUAAAAAAAAAAACCAAGCCUCCUAAUAGUUCCCAGCUUUGGGCAGUUUAGCUUGUAAUGAAGAGCUCAGCCUCUGGGUCUGCUCCUGGCUCAUGGGUUGCCUGGCAGACAGGAGAGUGUUCAAGCAUGGAACAAAGGAUGGUCCUUGGCUACUAUGGGUCAAAAAGCCCCAUUUCUUCCUUCCCUGGCUUGCUUUCAGUAACCCUGAAGCUACAACCGCAAGGCGGCACUGAACAUGAGCCCCAGAUGUGCAGCCUGAAGUUGUGCUUGCUUGGCCAGUGGGGCCAAAGUGAGAUGACCUGGGCUCUGUGGUCUCUCUGGGCCCUGAAACUUCUGAACUUGGAGGAAGAGAUUGAAAGCAAAUUUGAUUCUGGGUUCAAAUCAUUGUAUAGCAUGGUCUUUGAAGUAAUGAUUUGAAUAAGAUAUGAUUUAAAAGUAGUGAAGGUCUUCUAAAGUAGUCAAAGGCUUGUCCAAAUAUAGCCAGGCCUUAUUCUCAUUUAUAGUCUUCCCAUUGUCUUUCAAGAGUGGCACCUCAAACCAGGUGUGGUGGCCCACUCCUGUAAUCCUAGAAACUUGUGAAGCUGAAGCAGGAAGAUCGCAGUUCAACUCCAGCCUUUGUAACUUAGUGAAACUGUCUCAAAAAAUAAAAAGGACUGGGGCUGUGGCUCCAUAUUAGGGACUGCUCCUGAGUUCAAUCCCCAGCACACCCCCCCCCAAAAAAAUAGUGAUGCUCCACUGGGGCUGAAGCAUAGGUAGCUCAGGGGUAGAACACUUGCCUAGCACUAUGUGAGGUGCUGGGUUCCAUCCCCAGAACUGCCAAAAAAAAGUCAACCUUGCCUCACCAGAUCUCAGCAGCCACAGCAGGCCUCAACCCCCAGCUAGCCCAUGAGUGACCUCAGGCUCUGUGGGAAUCCUGUAUGUGAUGCUGCCAAAAUUUCACUUGAUGAGUUUGAAAGUUUCAAGAAAUUUUUACUAAUAACUAAAAUUAACAGAACAAGGAAUGACACACAAGCUCUGUUCUUGGUUUGGAGAGGACUAGAGGAACCAAACCUGAGAAUGUCCCCUCAAGAGAGGCCACUGGCACCUGCAUUAUAACAUUCUUCAGUUCUUAAAACACGGAGUGUCCCCUAGAAAUUUGGUCAGCGAUGCAGAUCCCAAUGGGAAGGUGUGUUCUAUUCAACAUUUUGCCUUUAUCUAGCUAGACUGAGACAGCAAAGGACUAGUUUAGAUGUCCUGAGCUAAUCUGAACAAAAACUGGGCCAAGGCCUGGAGUGACUUCAUCCCCAAAGAAACAAGAUAAGCCUGGGCUGCAGAGAAGAUUCUGAGGGGAAGUUAUUAGGUUCUUGAAUAACUUCCUGAGCCAAGAGACACCAAAUGCAAAACAUUCUUAAUCUAUUCACAAAGGAAUCUUCUAGUCAAUAUUUUGUUAGACAAAAUAAUUAUCUGUUCAGAAAGGAUACCUCAAAUCUUGUUGUUGUGGGCGGGUGCUGGAGAUUGAAUCCAGGGCCUCAAACAUGUGAAGCAUGCACUGUGCCAAUGAGCCAGAUAGAUCCCUGUCCCUCAAUAAAUCAUCAGUAGUUUUGAGCUUUUCCUUUGUUAA